AAAUACUCUUGAUUUUCUAGAAAUUGCAAUUAUUCAGACAGUAUUAUUCCAUUCCAUUUUAUUAAGGGUAUAUGUAAUUCAUACUUCACACAAGAGUUAUGUACAUUGAAAAUGUAUUAGGUUCUUCCCCGUGCAAUACGGGAUGGGAUAGGGGCAAAGGGAGUAUAUGAAAAACUGACUCACGAAGAGCGUAGUUAUAAAUAAACAGCGAUUAAUUUUUUAAGACUAUAUUACAUUUUAUACAAACUAUUUUUUGAAUGAUGUACAUGGUCUGGGUUGAUUUCGUGGAACAAUACCUGCUGGAAGAGCAGAGAGAGAGAAAACUUCUAUAUUUAUAAUCCUACGAAUUUGUACGCAUAUUAUGGUAUUUUUUUAUUUGUAAAAAUAACAGUUUUCAAGCUGCUACAACAGAUCUCCAGGAACACUCCCAAAAAAGGCGUUUUGCGGUGACCACUGAAGUGGAUCAUCUGAUGUAAUAAAAUCAAAAGAUUUCGUUAAAAUAAUGUAUAAUCUUGUAAUUAUUCGAAGGAAUGCGCAAAACAUUUUUUUACAAAAUGGCGCCAUCUAAAAUAAAUCGAAUUUAGCCAUAACUUUGGCCUUAAUUUGUGUAUAAAAAAAAAAAGAUUUUUGAAAAUAUAGUUCAGAAGCCUGUGUAAAACUUUGAGACUAAUCGGUUCAGCCAUUUGGUCACCGACUUUCCAAACACAGAUUUGAGAAAAACAAGGUUAAAGAUUUAAAAUCAUUUUAAAAUCGACUGACGCGUUGUUUCAAUUGUGUGCGUUACUUUUUGAUUUUCUAACUAGAUGUCACCCCCUUAAAAAAGGUCUAAAAGUUUUUUUUUUAACUAUUGUAAUUGAACAAAAACCUUCAUCCGAGUCCUUGUCAAUUGUAUCUCGAGCGAUAAAAUUUCACCAGUUGAAUAGCUCUCUUGAUAACCGUCUUUGAAAAUAUGUAUAUAAUACAUGUAAUCUCUUAAGAAUGAUUGCAAUGUUUCCAUAUCUUAUUUUUGAUGUUUUCCUCGUUUUUUUCUUGCCUUUUCCAACGUAGUUUCAGGUUAAACGAAAUCAAAAAAGUGAAGGUAAAACAUUUGUCGUAUUGUUUUUUUUCGCAUAAAUGCCCACUCUCCUUCGCUUCAAUGCUAACAAAAGUGAAAGACUUAUGAAUGAACGCUGACUUCAAGUGAUCUCAUCAGAUUUAAAUUUCCCAAAAAACACACAUACUUCCGAUAUGCCGUCCCAAUUUGUCCAAGCGCGAGCAAUUUGGAGGUGCAAAGGAGUCUCCCAUUGAAGCAGAAACAACAAACGAUCACAGUUUUCGAGUCAGAGAAGUGUUUUGUGGAUCAUCAGCCAUUUGAUCUAAUUGUGGGCGACAUUUUGUUAGCUCAGCUCAGCUUCGUUCCAACGUUUUAUUGAUAAAAGCAAUGAAUUUUUUACGCCAGCGUUUAUUCUUUCCCUAUUUGUAGCAUUCACAAACAUUUACUUAUAUUUCUGUUGUACACAAUACAUAGCCCAUAUGCACGUGUGUGUGUUUGUAUGAGCACAAGUGUGAUAAGUCAGAGAGUACAUUUAUUGAAAGCUUUUCCAUUUGCCACUGUAUUGGAACAACAACAAAUAUACAUAUACACGUAAUAGGUAAUAAUCCCAACAACAGCAAUGUUGUAGCAAUCAAGUUCAAGCAUAAAGUACAGCAACAACACCUUCGAGUAGCCACAAUAUUUAUAUUUAUUGAUGUGCAUAUGUGUGUGUGGUGGGAGACACGACUGACGUACGAUAUACAGACAGAGGAGGUGUUAAUACAUGUGGUGAGUGUGUGUGUGCUGAGAGCCAUCGAAAUUGCUUCGCGCUGGCUGAUUGGCGCUAGCUGCGUACAUCGCCGAGUCGGACCGUACACGUAGCGCAUUGGAGAGGCGACAGCAGCAGCAGAAACAACGGCCCAGCCCGCCACCGACACCAUCAGCAUUCAAGACAAUUCAAAGUCGUUAUGAGUUUAAGUUUUCUUACAAAUAAUUACAAUACAACAACAUGAUCAACAGCGCAAACACAGUUGACUUUAAUGUGAUCAACCAUGGUAAGGUCAUACUUCCACACGGUUUAGUGCCAUUGGACAAAUGCAAACUAGUACAUACCACGAAAAUACCUCAAAGUGGCGGCGAAAGGUUCACUUCAUGUGCAAUACAAACCUCUAUUAAACCUUAUACGUACACCAUCGAUAAUAAACGCAGAGCUGAUAUGCAAAGUGCCGAGACCAAAGAGAUUCACAUGCAGCCGCAACGUGUACAUGUCCAGCAUCUGCAAACACAUCCGAACUUGCAGAACAAUCAAUGGUUUUAUGAUAAGUUUUACAAUUUGAACACCGAAAGAGAGAGGACUACGCCAAAUGGGUUUAUAAGUAAAAUAAAUCACAACAAUAACGUAAUUAGAAAAGAAAGUGCCUUUAGUUUAAGUACCAGCAGCAGCAUGUGCAGUGUCAGCAAUAAUAGUAAUAACAACAACAACAACAGCAACAAUAAUAAUAAUAAUAGUAGUAGUAGUAGCUUCCCAAAUACUUUCAAAAAUGUAGAAUGUGAUAAGGACUUAGUCAAUAUUGGAGUGAAAAAGACAGCUCAUGAGGUCAGUGCUCAUAUGGGUUUAACCGAUAGGCGCACCACGUCCGUUUAUAAUACUGAUUACCAAGAAAAUCCCUUUCACCGCAUCGAGGAUGUGCACAAUUAUGCCAAGAUGGAUCGCUAUAGCUAUUCGAAUGAGAGUAGCAAUAGCAGCAUGCAUGAGGAGGACAAUGAGGAUGAAGACGGGGAGUUGGAUGAGGAUUUGGAUGACAACAAUGAUGAUGCCGCGACAAACUACGAACGGUACCUGCGGAAAAGCAAGCACUUGGCGGCAAUGAAAGUAAAAUGCCAUGAAGAUUUUAAUAUGCAAAUCACCCGAUUGGAAACGGAGGAGACUGAAUUGAAUGUGGAUGUAGAGACUGUGCACAAAGUGCAGAAUGAAACAACUGAAGUGGCAGUACCUAGUACACCGGACCAUCAUGCACGCAGACCAAUGAAUGCUUUCUUGAUAUUUUGUAAACGUCACAGAGCCAUAGUUAAGGAACGUUACAGAUCGUUGGAAAAUAGAGCAAUCACCAAGAUACUUGGUGACUGGUGGGCUUCCUUAGAUGCCACUGACAAGAAAUGCUUUACAAAUUUGGCGCAACAGAAUAAAGACGCAUUUUUUAACGCAAAUCCAAAUUUCAAAUGGUACAAGUUGCCCGCUCCGCCCCUACGUACCUUGAACACUCGCCCCGGCAACACUAGCACGGAACCGGAAGAUGACAUGAAGUCCAUAUUAAGCGUGCAAAGUGGCGGCGCUAUGCUCUCAAAGUAUACAAAGAAUGGCAACAAUCACAUUUUUAAACUAGCCGACGAAGCACAAAUGGGUGAACUCAGUAAUCUAUUCAGUGGCGAAAGCGACAACAAUAACUGCAAUUCGAACCAGAAUGCAUUGCAGCAGGCUUUGGGCGAGACAUCACAGUUUUUGAACGCCUAUAUGUCACCCACCAGCGGCACAGAGGGUGUGCAAUUGAACAAGAAUCGUCUCUUAAGUGAGAAUAGCUUCUCAAGUAAUGGCAGUGAAGAUGACAUUUUGCAUAAGAAAUCAUCACGCGCGUGCAAAGGAAAAAUCUAUCAAGAACUUAUCAAUUCGGGGCAAAUUUCAGCGGUUUCAAAGAAAUUAAAAACACCCAAAUCACAAAGCCACCCCAACGGUUACGCUCAUCACACUGUGACUCCUUCCAGCUGUACUAACCUAACUUCGCUAGAUAGUUGCAACCAGUUCUCAACCAUGUGCACGUCUAGUAAUAAUAUUAAGCAAAAUGAAAAUUCCUCUUGUGAGGGCUUUCAAUCAAAUAAUGAUAUGUCAAGUUUCGAUUUGGAAGACAAAAUUAAGGAGUUGCCAGCACUCAGUCUUGAUCUAUAUUUGCAGCGCAAGCGAAAUACGAAGAAGAAAAAGAAAUUCACAUCGAAGAAACGCCAUUCAACCAAUGCAGGGCAUAACAAAAACUCAGGUUCAUUAAAUGUACCGCAAAUGCCAACCGUCUCGUGUCCGAACAGGAGUCGGGAAGCACCGCCACAGCAGGCUGUUGGCAGUCAGAAACGUAAAGCGAGAAAAGAGAGUAUCACCAGACGCGACGUUACUGUCAUCGAGAAAGAGAUUGCAUCUGUUAUUCCAUUGGCUAAGAAUUUCAAUACCAUAAACGGCUGUUAUUACUUCAACGCAUCGCCCGAUGCGACAAUAUCAAAGUGUCUGCCAUUUGGCGAGAUCACAAACUCCACGGCUACAACGGGAGCAGACAAUCAACGGGCCGACGUCAACGUUUUUGGCAAUUUAUGCAAUGAUAAUUCGUCUACCUCAGACUUACUCAUUCUGGCCGAGGUCGCUGCAAAUCGCACCGAGCUAACAAAUUAAACAGUAAUCGAUUAUCAUUGUACUAUUCACUAACACAACCAUAUAAGCACCAAAAAGAAAUUGUAUCUUAAAAAUGCAACUUGUUGCAUUUAAUCACAUAUGCUUAGUUUGUAGAAAUAAUAAAAAAAAUUGUUAUUGUUUUCAAAAGUUAUAUUUAAUACCAUUAGCAUAAAGUCGGAAAUAAAAUCUUAAUUAUAUUGUAUUUUCACAAA